CUCAAUGAAGUCUCUGCAGAUUAUUCUAGUUGCCAUGCUGGGUCUGAUGCUCUUCGCAAACGCUAUGCGUCUGCGACCUCACACAUGCAAAGCGAGAACAACAGUUGGUCCUCAGCUGAUGAAACUUUCGAAGAACCUGACUAGAAUGCAGCGCUUAAGCCUGGCUGACAAUUGCAAAGGUAUUGGCAUGAAAUGCCGCAUCGCCGAAGAAUGUUGCACUUUACAAUGCGUGAUGGAAAGUCAACGGUGUAUUGAUUACAUAGCCCCCAAUGAUAUACCAGCUAAGAAUAUAUAUGGUGAAUAAGAA